UACUACUACACCACUUUCUUGAUCUCACGCGUCAUUUUCAUUUCCAACAUCACUCACUAUUUACACACACACACACUUCAUCUUCCACUCUUUUACUACAUCACAUUUUCAUGUCUUCUUCUCUUUUUCUAACCUAAAAUCAAAACCAAAACCAAAACCAAAACCGUUUUUACACAUUCAGUAUUCAUUCACUAUGGCAGCAGCAUGGUCUGAUUCAACUACUCAAAAACAAAAUCGUCCAUCUCAACAACUUUACGUUCCACAAUUCCGUUCAAACCCAAACAACAACAACAUUCAUCCAUCACCUUAUUACAACAACAAUCGAACCCAUUUUCCAUCCAACGAUUCACCUCACUACAACACUUUCAAUCGUCCCACUCCUAGACCAACACGUGGCAGAGGUGGUUAUGGUUUUGGUCACAGCCCUGCUCCGCCACGUCAUUACUCUCGUCCUGAACAACAACAACCACGAUACUACGAUCCUUCUCAAAACCGGUCACCGUUUGAAACAAACGGUGAAAAGGUUGAAAACGGCGUCGUUGCGAAUUUUGAAGCGUAUGAAUCGAUACCGGUGGAAGCGACGGGAGAGAAUGUUCCACCGCCGGUGAAUCUAUUUGCCGAAACGGAGCUUCAUGAAGAUUUGAAGAAUAAUAUUGAGAGAUGUAAGUAUGUGAAACCUACUCCGGUUCAGCGUUACGCGAUCCCCAUUGCUGUUGCUGGUAGAGACCUUAUGGCUUGUGCUCAAACUGGCUCGGGUAAAACUGCGGCGUUUUGUUUUCCGAUCAUAUCUGGGAUCAUGAAAGAACGUUUAGCUUCUGGUUUGUUGCCACGUGGAGGUGGUGUUGAUUCCGAUGUUGCUUUUCCCACUGCACUCAUCUUGUCUCCAACUAGGGAGUUGUCUUGCCAGAUACAUGCUGAGGCCUGUAAGUUUGCACAUCAAACAGGAGUGAAGAUUGCGGUUGUUUAUGGGGGUGCUCCUAUUGGACAACAGUUGAGGAUUUUGGAGAGGGGUGUUGAUAUUUUGGUUGCAACUCCGGGGCGUUUGGUGGAUUUGAUUGAGAGGGAAAGGGUCUCUUUGAAGAAGAUUAAGUAUCUUGCGUUGGAUGAGGCUGAUCGGAUGUUGGACAUGGGUUUUGAGCAUCAGAUACGUAAUAUUGUUCAGCAGAUGCAUAUGCCUCCUCCUGGUGAUAGACAGACAUUGCUUUUCAGUGCUACAUUUCCUGAUAAUAUACAGAAGCUUGCAUCUGAUUUUUUAUCAAACUAUGUGUUCCUGGCUGUUGGAAGGGUUGGUUCAAGCACUGAACUGAUUGUACAGAAGAUUGAAUCUGUACAGGAUAUGGAGAAAAGAACUCGUCUUGUGGAUCUUCUCCGACGUAAUGUAGUCAAUGGGAAGCUUGCCCUAACUCUUGUAUUUGUUGAAACAAAGAAAGGAGCCGAUGCUUUAGAAAACUGGUUGUGCAGAAUUAACUUUCCAGCUAUUGCUAUACAUGGUGACAAAGUUCAAAUGGAGCGGGAAAGAGCCUUGAGAUCAUUUAAACGUGGUCUUACUCCGAUAAUGGUUGCAACUGAUGUUGCUUCUCGAGGAUUGGAUAUCCCUCACGUGGCUCAUGUUAUUAACUUUGACUUGCCCAGGGACAUAGAUGACUAUGUACAUAGAAUUGGUAGGACAGGUCGUGCUGGUCAAUCUGGUUUAGCAACAGCUUUCUUUAGCACCAAGAACAUGCCUAUGGCAAAGUCUCUUGUUGGUCUUUUACAGGAAGCAAAACAAGAGGUACCUGCAUGGCUUGUACAAUAUUCCGAGUGUUCAGCACCAGGUGGACGCAGCAGCGUUGGAUCUCAACGGUCACCCUGGAGAGGCAAUUAUGGAGGCCGCGAUUUUCGGAAUGCUACGGAACCUGGAAUGGUGGAGAAUUAUAACAGCUACAACAGUAAUUACAGCAAUUAUGGUGAUAAUGGAUACCACAAUGUUCCUGAACAGGUGCAGAAUUACAACUACAACGGCACCUACAACAAUGGAGACCAUGCUGCCAACUCAUAUACUGAUGCCUCUUUAGAUGUUACAAACUCUAACAAUGAUUGCUCUUUUGAUAACACCAACACAGUGGUUGCUGGUGGUUUCAAUUACACCGAUGCUGGUUUAUUAGAAGGUAGUGAUGGUACAAAUGGGCCAUGCGGUUAUGCAUCCGUUGUGCCCACUGGAUGGGAUUAACUAGGCUAAUAUCUCGCUCAUUGCAUCCUUUUUGCUAUUGAUUUUGAUGGAUAAGAAAACGUUGUAUACAGUGAUGCCGAAGAGCAAAUAGCUUGUCCCCUAACUAUAAGAUAGUUUAGAAUUUGCAACCCUUUGUGGUAUUGAAUAUUUUUUUGGCCUGAGCCCCUUGAUUUUUUGGAACUUAUAAUUCAAUGGGUGAGCUCAACUUGUGGAUAGAUCAUUUGCUUUUUUGAAUCUUACUAGUAAUAUGAAGGAUGAUCUAUAUUUGUGGAUUGGAGCAUCUAUCGUUUGAAGUGUUUGCAUUAGUUGUACUACCAUUUA